GGCCAAACGAGUCUCUUGCGGUCUCUCGAACCACGCCAACGCACACCCGCCAUGGCCAAGGACAGUGUGCCAUCAGUCCACUCGCUGGACAAACCCGAGAAGCUUGAGGAGCUUCUCAAACAAGAUCGCGGCGACGACUGCCUCCCCUGCAGAAUCGUCGGUGGUGGCGCAUUCCUAGGCCUGGCUGCAUAUAGCUACAUUUCUGGGCAGUCGCAGCUCGAGAAGCAGAGGGCGAAGAUCCUGGCCAGCGGCUCGCGGUUCGGUAUGCGGAGUAGGAGCCUGGGCAUCACGGCCAUUUCCCUCAGCCUCGCCUGGUUGGGCAUCUGGCGGCUGGUCAAGUGAGGAUGACGAAGAAUUGAGAGUUUUUGUGAACGACCCGCCAUCUUACUCUACAAUCGACGGAGUGUGCGCCGACCGAGGGCAUGCCGGGCCUCAGUACCGACGUUAUGCUGUGCAUCAAGCUUGCUGACGCACCCUUGUUGCGCUGAUGGAAGACAAGAAGAGCAUCGGCCGGGGGCAGCACGAUAUCGACAACUGUGACUUCCCGGUCACACCAUGACGGAAUUGCAGAGAAAACCGCCGAGGGAAACGGGGAUGGGGACGAGACGGACUCGGAUAGAAAAAACUGAGUCGCCAAUGUUUAAAAACAUAUGUAUGUAUCAAUAUCUUGUACGAUAUCUCACUUCUGGUUUAGCA